CUGCUGCUCCUACAGUCCUGCUAGGCACAUUGUUUGUGCUACCGGCCUAACGAUGUACGAAUAAGGGGUUUCGUAUGCCAAUGUCACGCGAUGAUCCCUGGCAAAUGAAUGAGAUAUUAUGUAAGAUUGGCUGUUGAGAACCAAGCAUGCCUCGAUUGGCCAGCUGAAAGAAUGUGACUGCCCGGCUUCCCCUACAAGUAGUAGGCACGACCAGAGUCCCAAGCGACCAGAGCCGGGUAGCAGCAUUUUCUCCCCCUUCAGUUCAGCACUCUCCCGUAUUUCAUCCACUGCGCAAACAUUCACUCUUUGCCUCUCCACAGUCCCAUAUUGCCUAUUUCGCUAUGGGUUACGGGACCACUCCAGACGACGUUAUAAACAAUGACGAAGAAUUGAUACCGUCUCCUCCCUCGUCCGGGUUAUUCUACCUCAACCAGGGCGUCGAUGACGAUAGAUUCAGCUUCAGCAGCCCAUACUAUGCCAGCAGCAGCCCUCGGACGACGGACCCCGAAGUAUCGGCCGAAUUGGACUGCUACGACAGCCUUGAAACCACGGCGAUUGUCGAUGUCUCGUACCGAAAGAACAGGGUGACGUGGAGGGCCGCCAAUGGCGAGGCGAGGCAGAUGUUCGACCUGUCGCUCGACUUGUACGCCAACACGGAGACCAACACGUCCAUCUUCAAGCUCUACACCUACAUCAUCCGCAAGGGCCGCAAGGGCCGCAGCAACAAGCAGGCCGUCUACCUGUUCAUCCACCCCGAAAACGUCCGCUUCAUCACCUGCGAGCCGUCCCGCACCGCUCGGCGGUACAAGUCCAAGACGAACAAGCCGCAGACGUAUUACGAGCUGCGCUUCUCGCUGACGGAAUGCCCCAACAUUGUGGUGCCCAGGGACCGCGCCUUUGAGUCCAAGGAUAAGACGAGGGCCCAGCUGGACUUGUUCCAGGAACUCUCCAGCACAAACGAUUUCGUUGUCCACCUCAACGGCGCGGGCAUCAACGCAUCGAAGCUGGACGACUUGCGAUUGCUUGGAUGCAUGUUCUCGCCCACGUUUACCGAGCACCGCCCUACGACGGACUUUAGGCGGGCGAGCCUGGCCACGCUUUAUGCGGGCAGCGGCGGCGAGAUUGUCUGCAUGAACCGAGGAGUUGUGCAGUCCAUUGAGGUAGAUCCGCCUCCAUACGUUGGCCCCGCGCCGGAUUCUUGCAUGGUUUCCAGUGAAUACCUUUGCUCCGAUUCCGAAGACGGAUAUGAUGACGACGAUGACGAGGAAUCGGAGGAAGACGAGGAAGAGAAGGACAAGAACGCUUUCGCCAACCACGUGCUAUUACUUUUAGACAAUCUCCAGACCCAUUUCAACGCUGUCGAGCGAUAUUUCGAUGGCAUGGAGCGUCGCCUGCAUGGCUUGGAGAACUGCGUGCAGCAACGACGGCACGAAAUUACUUUUGCAUUGGCAAUGGCCAACCGGCACUACAACAACAUGAACAACGUGAACAGCAACAGCAACAGCAGCGGCAGUCACAGCGGCAACAGCACUGCGCAGAGCCCGUAUCCGCCGUACCAGACGACGGUGGCGCAGAACACCCCAGCGACGCAACGAGACGAAAUGGUUCCACAGGGCGUUUAGAAGGCGUUGCUUUAUUUUUAUUUUGAUCUCUUCUUAUUUUUUUGUUUUACCACAUCUGGUAUACAUGGGUCGCGUUUUACGAAACGCAAGGGAAAUUAUGGGAAACUAAGCAAAGCAAAGCAAAGCAAGCAAAGCAAGCGAUGGGAAACGGGAUUGACACUUUUGGUAUUUUAUUGUGAAUUUUUGGGGACACAAGGCACAGCUAGGGAGAUUGUAUUACGAUUGCCAGACUACUUGUAACCGAUGACUGACUAUGACGAAGACUCUGCGUGAAUUCAUACUUUUUUCUUUCUUUCUUUUUCUUUUCGAUUUCUUUUUCUACUUUUCUUUUUAUUUCUGCGUCGCAAUAGGCUUUGGUUUUGGCUCUUUUGCAAGUUGCUUGGCGGAAUGGCUAGCAGCUCUCCGCCCUGCUUGCUGCACUUGGCGCAAUCUUACUGUAAGUGCAUCUCGGACACCAAUUUCCUCUCAAUCACAUGCUUGUGCAAUUCGUUCUCUCACAAGAGACAGGCCUAGGUCAUUUCACACAUGUUUCCAAGUUGCCGCCGUCUUCCCCUUGUUGUCUCUUUUUUCUUUCACCUCUGGCUCACCUCACCUCAUUUUUUCGCCUGGCCAUUCCAAUUUCAUGGGGGCCCAGGGCAGACAAGGACCGCAACACAAUGCAUACCCCUCACCCUCAUCAUCCCUCUCUCUUCUCUCUUUUCUCUCUCUCGCAGCGACCCCCCAUUUUUUCUGUAUUUUUGUAUCAGCCCGCUUUUUUGCCACUUCAUCAAAAUGCUACAGUACCCAUACAUUCAGUAGAGGGCGCCAUUGGCCGGAAUGCCAUCCCCGAUAAGCGCUUUUCCCGGGGAAGCACUUCCUGCUCCAAACGGGCACAAACGCCGGGGGAUGGCAUUGUGUGAGCAUGGGCUUGGGGGAGGGGGAGGGGGCCUGUAAGGUUUUACAUAACGAGUUUAACUGGGGGGUUGUUGUUAUGCGUGUGUUUUGCCUUUUUGCUCGCUUUUUUUGCUGCUGCUGCAAGGUUUAAUGUGUGUGUCAAAUGUGUGUAUGGGAUGGAAUGCCCCUGUAUAUGGCUGCUGCCUGAGGUACUGCUACAGCAUGUGUGAUGAGAUGAUUAUCCAUCCAUGGCUGGUGGGCCUGGGCCUUGAUUUGCUGAUGCAUGCAAGCAACCAACUGGGACAGUACGGCAUACGGUGCUGUACCGUUACAAGGCUGCAAAGCAACAUGAUGAAGCAAUGCGAGAGAGACCCCUGCAACUGCAACAGGAAGGUGGGCGUGUGUGUCGCUGCGUCUGCGUCUCUGCCCAACGAAGCAGUGGACCGAUGCUAUUUUUUUCGAUGCCAAUCGGAUGAGCCCGCGGAGCCUUUUUGGAGGGGGGGCCGCAAGUUGGGUGAAGUUGCAGCUUUUUAUAUCAUGCUGUAGUCGGUGUCGUGUACUCGGUACGCGGUACGCCUCUGGUCGAGCGAGCGAGCGCCUCUUUUUUUUUUUUUGUUCCCAUUGCCAACUUCUCCACACAACCCACCCCCAUCCUUCCAUCCUACUCUGCCAUGAGAGGGCCAGGCCAAAGCAGCAAACAGUUGAAAUGUUAGUUUUUUGGUGCUACUGACGCGGGCAGCUCCACGUUGGGCUUGGCGCUUGACUCGGGUGUCGCUCGUGAGUUUAGCAGGUUCGGCUCUUUUGCCAUGGGUUAGCGAGACAUGUCAUGUUGCAUAGGUAGGGACUCGAGAAAGCUUGAAAGUCAAGGAGGAGCCGAGCAUAGCUUGAACGGCUGCGAAAUGAAAAGUUGCGAAAUUGCAUGAAAUUGGUGGCGCCGUGUCACCACAUGCUGAUUUUACGAGGCCAUGCGGUGACCUGGGAGGCUUGGAGCAAAUCCUACACGCGGGCGCCUAUCGCUCGCUAUAUGUCGCGUAGUGGCUUGUUUGCUCAGUUAUAGCGAGAUUGCCCUUAUGAAUAGCGCUGUACUAUUCCAGCAUCUUGUCGCUUAUACUCCAUGAAGAGACUCACCGUUUCUGUGAAUUUUGUUGAUUGCGUCU